CGCAACUUUGCCAUUGACAACAUCAACAACAACGACAGCAACAAACCGAGCAACAACACCCAAUCCUGCAGGAAACUGCGUUGGACGCGUCCUGCCUUCCGACUUUGCAUCGAGGGCAAAGACUUGACAGCAGCAGCCCUUUGCUCCUGCCGUCCCCGGAGCCAAGAAAAAUAACACACUCAGGCUCUCUUUCUCGAGAUGGCGCCCUCGAAGAAGGGAAGGACCAAGGCAGUCCCCAAACCGGCAGCUUCGACCAGAGCCACUCGAGCAAGGUCUAAGGAAGUAGCAGCAGCUCCUCCGCCGCCGCCUCGGACUGCUCCCACUCGCAGGACGACUCGAGCCGCGUCGAGAGAAGCACAGGCAUCGUCUCAGUCACAGCAGUCUACGGCUUCCAGUGCCAAUGCAAGCUCUAGUACUGGUGCGGCUCCAUCUCGACGCAGCACGCGGGCAACCUCCAACGAGCCGCUGCUGCACGUCAAUGAACCCGACAAGAUCUUGAGGAAGUCGCGAAAGACACCUGAUCCCCAGCUGUCCACCGCUCCUCCCACGCCCAUUGUCGAGGACACUCGUGAAGAUGACGCCCCUUCCCCAGCCUCUCCAUCACCAAUGGCUGGGACGAAAGACGACGAGGGCACUGUCCCGUCCAUGCUCUCGCCUGUGGCCGAGCAAGAUCAGCACGAAAAUGACGACACUCCCUCGUCACCAUUCUCGCCCUCAGCACCAGUCGAGUCUCACGAGAAGGACGACGUCGUCGUCAUACCCUCAUCUCCAACGCCAUCCACGCAAGAACGGACCUCGAAAUCACCAUCACCGUCAUCUUCGCCUUCACCGUCGUCAGAAGCUGCCACGGAAAGCGAGCACCAUGUGCCUCGAAACUCACUAUCGCCAAAGACUAUGGACCUGGUGGUGUCGAACGCCCAGGAAGAGAAAUCAGCCACAUUGCAAUCCAUUGCGUCACCAGUUACGCCCACUAGUUGUGUGCACAAAGAACCCUCUCAGAUCGAGAGCAUGUCCAAGAGUGGAGGCUUCCUGUCACGCUUCACCUCGAUUCUCACAACACCCGUGUCCAAGGUCACAGGCCUCUUUGGUGGUGCAAAGACGCAGCCAGUCCACAAGACGGCACCUGCGGAGUCAUUUAAGGCUCCAGUAACGCCUAAGCCUGCGUCAUUCGGCUCCUCGUCCAUGGUGCAGUCAAAACCAACUGCAGAAAAAUUAUUUGCAGAUAUCUUGCCGCGGACGGAUGCUUCGCAUACGGACAAGCCAAUGCAAGAAGCGCCAACUCCGUUCCUAGGAAGGAUCACAAUCACUCCUCGUCGGAAGGUCAACUUGUCAGGUUCAGGCAGCUCUGCGACGUCCUCGGCACUCUAUGGACCAGACGGCGAGAAGAUUCCCCAGGAGUAUCGCUACUGGACGGUCGGUCGGUGCCAAAGACAAGCAGCUGACAUGAGUACUUUGCGCAUGCUUGAAGAAGAGGUUGAUCGAGGUGUGCGUGUUCUGACUCGGCGCGAGCAGCAGUUCAAAGAAGAGACGCUGCGUCGCCAGUAUUAUUACGAGUUGUGGCGAGCACGCCAACCAGGCAACAGAGCCAAAGCUCUGCAGGUGGCUGGUUCAAAGCGGCCUACAGACGACUCGGUUCAAGAGGAGACACCAAAGAAGCGUACUCGUGCUGAACUCACUCCAGUGGGCUACAAUUGUCCAACACCAAAUGAACCGAAUUAUCACCAUAUUCACGAAGAAGCUGCCUCCACGCCAGCUUCAAGACUCUUUAGCUCCAGAAAUAGCGUCUCUACUGCCAGCGCGCCGGAGUUGAAAACCAACGAGCAGACAAGCUCCAGUACGUUUGCUGUGCCGGACGGAGACGACGAUGAUGACGUCGAUAUGAGUUCCGAAACUAAAGAUCAUGUUCCGUCCACUCCUGCGAAAUCUUUCUUAUCAACUCCCAAGCCACCCAACUCGAUGCAGGCCACAACGCCAAAUUCGCGGAACUGGGUAGGCAUACCAGAUUGGGUCUUCGACUCUGACUCUUCUGAUGAAGAAGAGGAGGAGGACCUGCCCACUACAACGCCAAGUGUCCAAGCCACACCUGUAAGGGCGUCGGUCCACAAGGCAGCAGCUUCAGGAGAGCCUUGUUCGACGGCAAUAGCUCCAUCAGCUUCAAUUCCACCACCAGCCACAUCACAGGCCACCCCCUUCAUACACAAGUAUACUCCAGCAAAACCUUCUGGUCUUAGAGCUGUUGAGACUGUGUCGAGCAGCCCGGCAAUCCUGACACCACCCCAUAGCCCGACAGACGAGAUGGACAAGCCUACCACAGAAGCUGCAGAUGAACUGCUCAUGUCGGAUCCGGUGCUACAAAUACCAGAGCUCAACCCAAAAUACCCCAAACCCCAUUCUUUUGUUGUCUCAGCCGCAAGCCUUGUUGAUCCGGAUACUCUAGCAGUCAUCGACAGCAUCGACUGGCAGAAGCAUCAGCUCAUCACAGCGCCGCAGUACAUCAUUGAUAUGACUAAAGGCAUAGACUUUAUGGACUUCGCAACCGAAUUUGCCACAAAGUACUGGACGGAGAUGGGUUUCCCGCCCAAAUCAUGAGGGGCAGGUCUUGUUGUGAUUUCUUAUACUCAUGAUGAUUAUUGAUACCCCAUUGCCUGAGGAAGCAGGCAAGCAGCGAGUUACAAAUAGCGAUAGCAAUCAGCAUAGCGAUAGCAUAGCAUUAAUUAAGUUGAUAUUUCAUUUUA